CACGAUCGGACGGUUGCGGUGCCUUCAAUUUUCGUGCGUCUUUUGAUCAAACCCUGGACUGAAGUGCUGAACCCAGCUAAUCCCACGCGGCCGCCGCCCGCCGCGCCGCCGCCGCCCGCGAUGGCGCGCCGCCUCUUCUGCGCCACGAGAGCGCUCCUUCUUCCGGUCCCAGCUCCCGCUCCGGCGCCGGCGCCUGCCCCAGUAUCUUCUGCCACAGUUGCGGAAGCGGCGGCCUCGCUCCUGCCACUGCUCCCCUGCAAGCGGCGAAAGAAGCUCCUGAAGAAGCUCAAGAGCCCGCGGGUCGCGCCCAUUGAGCCGGAGGCGGCGCGCCGCGUGCCGGCCCUCGACGCCGUGCUCGACCGCGAUACGGCCUUCCGCUUCCUCCACCGCGCGCGCUCGUUCCUGGCUUCCCUCCCGCCUCCGCACCGGAUCCCCCUCUCCGAGGCCGGCAAGCUGCACCACGAGCUCGGCUUCCCCCGCGGCCGCAAAGUGGCUCGCUCCGCUGCGCGCCACCCGCUGCUGUUCCACCUCCCCGUCGUGGACUCCGUCCCGCACCUCGCGCUCACGCCGCUCAUGUGCUCGCUCCUCGAGGAAGAGCGCCGCAUCCACGACGAGCUCCUCCCGUCGCGGGUGCGCGCGGUCCGGAAGCUCCUCAUGCUCACCGCCCACCGCCGCGUGCCGCUCGCGAAGCUCCACCACUGCCGUGCGGUGCUCGGCCUCCCCGACGACUUCCGUGACCGUGUCCGCGACUUCCCCGACGACUUCCGCGUCGUCGUUGACCCCUCGGACGGCCGCCACGUCCUCGAGCUGGCGCGCUGGGACCCCGCGCUCGCCGUCAGCGCGCUGGAGAGCGACUUUGUCGUGGACGAGCGCCGCGUCCGGCGCACUUUCCGCUUCGCCGUCCCGCACCGCCGGUUGAUGCCGCUCGACGCCGAGGACGCCGACCGCCUCGACGCGGCGACCACGUUCCCGCUGGUCUCGCCGUACACCAACGGCGCGCUGCUCAAGCCGUGGACACCCGAGGCGGAGAAGUACCGCGUCGGGGUGGUGCACGAAUUCCUGAGCCUGACGGUGGAGAAGCGCGCCAUGAUCCACCACAUCGUCGAGUUCAAGGUGGAGUUCGGGCUCACGCGGCACAUGUACGAGUCGCUGCAGAAGCAGAACCGUGCGUUCUACCUCGCUGGCACGGAGAUGAACUGGGCCCUGUUCCUCAGGGACGCGUACGACGAAAAUGGCGUGCUCAAGGAGAAGGAUCCCCUCGUGUUGUUCAAUGAGAAGCUGCAACGCUAUGCCUGCAUGACCAAGAUGGAUUCCAAAGAGAUCAUGGCUGAUGCUGCAGGCUUGACUGAAUAGAAUCAGCUUUCAGUUUGGUGGCUUGUGCCUUGUGCAUCUCCUAUUCGACCAUUGAACUCAAGUACAUGUCAGAUGUCUGUCAAUGGGUAUCAUUCCUAGUGUCUUAACAUGGACCUAUGAAUGUCUUAAGAUCACCCAUCUUGGAGAGCUGCCCCCUUAGACCAUCCACAUCAGGGGAUCAUAUAGUGAUCUGCGGCCAGAAUAUUUUACACUCUACACUCAUUGUGGAAACCUGGGCACUUUGCACGAUUACACUGGCAAGAAUACAUUUCAGAGCAUGCAUUGCAAGCACUGGAUUCAAGAUUUCCGCCAUAUGCUGUUGAAUGGGUUAGGUUCUCAGCAUUAUGCUGACGGCCUGGCGCAGACUUGCCUCUAUUAAUUGUCCUUUUAGAAUGUGCUUUUAGCCCAUUCAGUUAGAAAAGUUGGUGUUUAUCUGUAUGGAGUAUGGUAAAAUGAUGUACUCCUUCCGUUUAUAAAUGGUCUCCAACGUAUUACUUUUACUAUAACUUUAUAUAUAUGUGGUAAUAAAAUUUUACAGAAUCCAUACUGUAUUAUGAGAGAAUUUUUCAUAAUGAA